AUGUCAGGUCCAAUUUCAGCUUUUGCUCGAUACUCUGAAGAAGUAUCAUUGUCUCCUCAAAAUGAUUCAGUAUUACCUGCAUCACGUAAACGUAAACGGGUUUCAAUGGCAAAUACAAAUGGUCAUUUAAAGGAAAAUCAAACAAAGAAAAAUCGAUCAAAAUCAUUGCAACCGGCACUACCAGUUUCUGAAACAAAUGGUCAAUCAAAGAUUAUUGAACAACCAAGUACAACAAAAAAAAUAAAAAAUUCUGAAACGAAAUUUUUAUCACCUGCUUAUCCAACACCAUAUCCUCAACGUCGUGUCCUUGUUUCGGGACCUCGCCAUUCUCAGAUUGAUAAACCAACUUUAGAAGAAAACAGUGAAACUAAUGAAGACGAAGACGAAGAUGAAGAUGAAGAUGAAGCAGAUGAAAUUGAAGAUGAAUCACCUUUAUCAGCUUGGCUUCAUGAUCAUGUUCCAAUUGAAGAUAGUACUCUUCUUGGUGAACAUUUAUUUGGUUUACUCAUUGAUCCUACUCCAGUUAAACAGUUUAUAAAACGAACAUGGCAACGGGAAGCAUUACUUAUUCAACGUAAACAACCGACGUAUUACAAUGGACUUUUUUCGACAAGCGAUAUAGACGAUAUACUUCGAGAAAAUACACUUGAAUAUGGAGAAAAUAUUGAUCUGACAUUUUAUAAUCCGGCAACAUCGAAAAAAGAACGACAUAAUCCAGAAGGUCGUGCCCGUCCAGCUGUUGUAUGGGAUGCAUAUAAUGAAGGAUGUUCUAUUCGUCUUCUUAAUCCUCAUACAUAUUCAACAAAUAUUUGGAAAUUAUUAUCAUGUCUUCAGGAAUAUUUUGGUUCACUUGUUGGCGCAAAUACAUAUUUGACACCACCUGGUUCUCAAGGAUUUGCUCCUCAUUAUGAUGAUAUCGAUGCAUUUAUUCUUCAACUCGAAGGAAAAAAACAUUGGCGUGUUUAUAAACCACUUAAUGAUGAUGAAGUUUUACCAUUAAAAUCAAGUGUUGAUUUAGAUAAAAAAGUUAUCGAGAAUGUCAAACCAUGUAUCGAUGUUGUACUUGAAGCAGGUGAUCUUCUUUAUAUGCCACGUGGUUAUAUUCAUCAGGGUCGUACUCUUGAUGAUGCUCAUUCAUUACAUCUUACUGUUAGCUGUUAUCAACAAAAUACAUGGGGAGAUCUUUUCAAAAUUCUUCUGCCUAAAGCAGUAGAUUAUGCUAUGAAAACAAAUGUUAAAUUUCGUCAAGGUUUACCAUUAGGUUGUCUCAAUCAUUUUGGUUUUAUUCAUAGUACAAAAAAAUUACCUAUGAAAAAACGUGCAAACUUUCAUGCUAAGUGUCAUCAACUACUUGAUGAAUUACUUCGUGAAAGUGUUCCUAUUCAAAUGGAUAAUAGUGUUGAUGUAAUGGCUCAAAAAUUUAUGCAUGAUGCAUUACCACCAAUGUUAACAGCAGAAGAACAAUUAACAACUAUUCAAGAACAAGGUGAACGAUGGAAUAGUGAUUUAAACCGUGUUAGUAAUGUUGUAGAACUUGAGCCUGAUACUCGAAUUCGUCUUUUACGUCGUCAUUGUUUACGUGUUGUUGAAAAUGAUAAUAAUGAUGAAGAUAAUGAAGACAAUAUCGUCGCACAUUAUACAACAGACAAUGCUCGAAGUUAUCAUGAUCGACCAUUAUCAACACUUGGCGUAGAUAAAGAAACAUUGCCUGCACUUGAAAUGCUCUUCACAAUUUAUCCAGAAUAUAUUAGUAUUGAUUCUUUACCAUUGGCAACUAUCGAAGAUAAAAUCACUUUCGUAUCAACUUUGUAUGAAAAAGGCCUUGUUCGAACGGAAUACGAACUUGAACAUUCUGACAGAGAAGAUGAGGAAGGAGAUGAAUCAGAUAGUGAUGAAGAAGAUGGGCUUGUUUUAAAACGUCAAAAAGUUCACAACGAAUCAACAGACGAUGACGAUGACGAUGACGACGAUGACGAUGAUGAUGAAGAUGCUUAA